AUGCAUAUAAAUAACAGAUUAAAUAAUCUAUUAUAGAAUGUUGUUAGCAAUCAUUAGUAAAUUUUAAGGAAAUUCAUCGCAUUCCACUUCAGCAAUUAUGAAGAAAGAGCUUCAUUAUUAGUAGGAGAUGAAUCAAGAAAAGAUAUGCCAUAUACAACAGAGGCGACAAUAAGAACUCAUUAUUUAAGAUUAAGCAAAUUUGUGAAACAUGCUUAUUAUAUAAUAAUUGAUGCUCAAUUAUAGAUGAUGUAGAAUUCAGUUGAAGAUAUUGUUAAAUAAGUUCUUGAGUUUAACGAAUAAUAUAAGGAGAGUUCAGGAAGAAAAAGGAAAGAAUAUUAUAGUAAAGAUUAACCAUACUGUUGGAUAAUUAUUGAGGCAAUUGGUAAAUAAGAAGAAAUAUUUUUAAUCCUCUAAGAGAAUAAUUAUUCAGAAUAUUUGAAAGUGUAGUUACUAAUAGUGUUAUUCGUAUAACAACUGUAUAUAGAGAAAUGUUAUCUAUGCCGAAAUGAUUAAGUAUAUUCAAGUUGA